UGAGUCCUUGGGGACAUGUUCCCCCCGUAAAGGCAUAGACAGCAAAAGAAAUUGUGUGUCGAGCAAAACAAGAGGCCUUCAACUGCACAUAUGCUCGCCAGAAUGUGUCAUCUCCAUAUUGUGCUGGUAACAGCUCUGGUGGGAAAGGCAGCCAUCGGGUUCUCCUUGAUGUCUUUACUCGUAGACCCGGACCCAGACUGGACCCCUGACUACUAUGAGAGUAGCUACGAGUAUUACAACCAUGAAGAGAACAGCAGUGAUACUCUUGCCUACCAGGAGAAUCCCGACUGGUACUACACGGAGGACGAUCCGUGCCUGGACAACCCCUGCAAACGCAACGGGGACUGCCUUGUCAGUGGGGACACCUUCACGUGCAGCUGUCCAGCCCCUUUCUCUGGACACAGGUGUCAGAAUGUGCAAAACACGUGCAAAAACAAACCGUGUGGCCGGGGCGAAUGUCUCAUUACCCAGAGUCCUCCCUACUACCGCUGCGCCUGCAAACACCCUUACAAUGGCUCAGACUGCUCCACAGCGGUUCCUGCGUGCCGGCCGAAUCCCUGCCAAAAUGGUGGCAUCUGCUCCCGGCAUAAGCGGAGAACCAAGUUCGUCUGUACCUGCCCCGAACAGUUCAAGGGGAAAUUCUGUGAAAUAGGUCCUGACGACUGCUAUGUUGGUGACGGCUACUCUUACCGAGGGAAAGUGAGUAAGACAGUCAACCAGCACUCCUGCCUUUACUGGAACUCCCACCUCCUCUUGCAUGAGAAUUACAACAUGUUUAUGGAAGAUGCUGAUACCCAUGGGAUCGGGGAGCACAACUUCUGCAGAAACCCAGAUGGAGAUGAAAAGCCCUGGUGUUUCAUUAAAAUAAACAAUGCAAAGGUGAAAUGGGAGUACUGUGACAUCCCAGCUUGCUCCGCCCUAGACAUUGCUGACCCAGAGGGAAGCCCCACAGAGCCUCUGACCAAGCUUCCAGGGUUUGACUCAUGCGGGAAGACUGAGAUGGGGAAGGUCAAGAGGAUCUACGGAGGCUUCAAGAGCACGGCGGGCAAGCACCCAUGGCAGGCAUCCCUGCAGACCUCAUUGCCAUUGACUGCCUCCAUGCCCCAGGGCCACUUCUGUGGGGGCUCACUGAUCCACCCCUGCUGGGUGCUUACUGCUGCCCACUGCACUGACAUAAAAACCAAACAUCUGAAAGUGGUGUUAGGGGACCAGGACCUGAAGAAGACAGAAUUCCAUGAGCAGAGAUUCGGGGUGGAGAAGGUUUUCAAGUACAGCCACUAUAAUGAAAGAGACGAGAUUCCCCACAAUGAUAUUGCUUUGCUCAAGCUAAAGCCGGUGGAUGGUCACUGUGCUCUGGAAUCCAAAUAUGUGAAGACUGUAUGUUUGCCCGAUGGUGCCUUCCCCUCUGGGACUGAGUGCCACAUCUCUGGCUGGGGUGUGACAGAAACAGGGGAAGGGUCCCGCCAGCUCCUGGAUGCCAAGGUCAAGCUGAUUGCCAGUACUUUGUGCAACUCCCACCGACUCUAUGACCACAUGAUCGACAACAGCAUGAUUUGUGCAGGAAACCUUCAGAAGCCUGGAAAAGACUCCUGCCAGGGUGACUCGGGAGGCCCUCUGACCUGUGAGAAGAAUGGCACCUACUAUGUCUAUGGGAUAGUGAGCUGGGGCCUGGAAUGUGGGAAGAAGCCAGGAGUCUACACCCUGGUGACCAAAUUCCUAAAUUGGAUCAAAGCCACCAUCCAAAGGGAGACUAGUUUCUAAGGUGUCUUCUUAACCUGAAAGUCCAUUCUCCUUAGCACCCAGACAAGGCACACCCUCAUGGGCAGCACGGACACCCUGGGCGUCCCUGGGAGGCCAUACAGCCAAGAGUCUGCAACCUACACAGAGACAACGGCCGCCCAGCCUGGUGCAUCCUGGACCAAGAUAUGCCAGAAGCAACGCAACCUGUAUUUUGUUUGCUUCCCUUCAAACGAUGGUACCUUCUAGAAAACCACAGACUGCCUUUACCUCGGACAUUUGCAAAUGUGGGAUUAAAGAAUAACCAGAGCCACUGGAA